AUGGACUGCACCUUUCCCUUCAGCUCUGCCACACAGCGCUUGCUGCAGCUGGAUGAGGAGCAGCUGGAUGAGCAGAAGUACUCUCGGCAUAUAAGGUCUCGGUACCACCACAGUGAGCGCAGCCUGAGCCCAGUUAGCCAGGGAUGCCAAAACAGCCGCUUGGAGCCACUGGAGUGCCGGGAUCUGCUGGUCCAGAAUGCGCUCUUCACUGGGGACCUGGAGAUGGUGCGGAAGUACUUCACCAAGAGCGCAGCCAUCAAUCUCGUCAUUGAGACCAAGGGUGAUGAGCUGCGCUGGACUAGCAGGAAAUUUGGACUGUGGUCUCUGAACUAUGAGCAGGAGCUCACCACGCCUCUGCACAUCACAGCCAGCCGGGGCUACACAGACUGCCUGCGGCUCCUGCUGCUCAGGGGAGCUGCCGUCAACUUUGCACCAGGGGGUAAGACUGCCCUGCAUGAGGCUUGUGCAGCACCCAGCACAGAGUGUGUGCGCCUGCUGCUCAGCUUUGGUGCUGACCCUGAGGCUGUCUCUGAGGAUGGCUACAAGCCCCUGCACCUCUGCAAGAGCCGAGACUCCAUCGAGUGCAUCCAGCAGCUGCUGCAGCAUGGCGCCAGUGUGAACAGUCGGACUGAGGAGGAAGAUGACACAGCACUGCAUAUAGCAGCACGACAUGGCCUAACAGACCACGUCCAGCUGCUUCUGCGCUAUGGCGCAGAGCUGGAGGCAAAGAAUGAGGAGGGGCAGACGCCGCUGAAUGCUGCCUGUGCUCAGCCCCACCAACCCCAGGACAUGGACCGUUACUACCGGGUCUGCCAGCUGCUGGUGGAAAGUGGUGCUAGCAUCAAUGCUGCAGAUAGGGACCGUCAGCACCCACUUCACCUGGCCUGCAAGAAUGCCAAUGCUCAAGUAGCAGAGUUACUGCUGGCCCGGGGUGCAAAUGUCAACAUCAUGAACUACAGCGGCAACACGGCACUGCACAAUAUCCUGCAAGCAACUGCCUACAAGCUGGAGCACCACCCAGAGCUUGUGGUGCGAGCCCUGCUCAACUACGGUGCCAUCCGCAUCUGGCCUGGCUCCCUCCUCAAGGUGCUGCGGUACUGCCACGCCUGCCCGCGUGUCAUUGAGGCGCUGAUGAACAGCUAUGAUCAUGUCCGCAUCUCUGAGGACUGGGUGGAAGCGGUUCCCGCGGAGGUUGUACAGAAAUACCCACGUUUCUACCAGUCACUUUUCUCCCUGGAGCAAAGACCUCGCUCCUUGCAGCACCUGGCUCGCUACGCACUCAGGACCUUCCUGGAGGGCCGGUUGCUUCUGGUCCUGUCUCAGCUGCACCUGCCAAGUGCCUUGCACCGUUUCCUGCUGCUCAGCUUCGAGGACGUUCUCUACUAA